AUGAAGUUCUCCCAGACCCUUCCAUUCGCCCUCGCGCUUCUCGAGCCAGCCACAGCCCUCGUCGGACACAGCUGGUCUGUAGAAGGCGUGCCCGAGGACGGCAUGCGGGAAAUCACCUUCCCCAUCAAUAUCGCCAACGCCCCUCAUGAGGUGGGCUUCUACUUCGCCCAGCAAUUUACCUUCACCGGACAGUCCGAUGUGGGCUAUACAGGCCUACAGCCCCAAGUUGACUCCACAGGUGGCUCCGUAGUCCAUGCUGCCUUUUCCAGCUUUGUUCCUGGAAGCACAUCCACCGACGCCAACUGCAGCGAUGGUGCUGACGGUGGCCCUGGUGUGAGCUGUGCUGUUAAUAUCGACGGUACCUACGCCAACACCUAUCACCUGAAUGUCAAGAACUCCGAGGGCACUACCUGGGUUGGCACACUGAUUGAUUCUGUCACUGGCGAGGAAACUCAUAUCGGCUCUUAUACCCUCCCUGCUAUCACUAAGGGUAUUGAGGCAAGCCAGCUAGGCUUUGUUGAGUAUUUCCUUGGCACCAAGGAAUGCGGCGACUUGCCCAAGACUGCUGUCACUUUUGGCAACCCCAUCGUCGAGGGCCUAAUUGGUACCAUUGACGUUCCUUAUGAGUAUGGCGACUGUGUUGGCAAGUCUGCCUUUGAGACUCACCCUGUUGAAGAUGGUGUUGAGAUCUCUGUUGGAUUCUAA